AUGCAUAUUUUUAUUUAUUUUACUUUUUUAGUGCACUUCUUAGAUCAGCAUACAAAUAAUUUCAGCAUUAAGGAUUCAGGUCUUGAUAGAAAUAAUAUAUUUUUUUCUGAGCCAUAUCAUAAAAUAGCAGGAAAAGAAAAUUACCAAAAUUAUGAAUUAAACGAGGUUCUUGCAGAGCAAAUUUACAAAAACAUAAAAAAUAAUUUUAAUUAUAUAAAAGACACUCAAUAUAAUUUACUUAAAAAAAAUAUUUAUCAAAAAGAUAAUUUGCAAGUCCUAUUGGAAAAUAAAGAAUUAAGAAAAAAGGAUAAAAUAAAUAGUGAAAAUUUGGAAAAUAAAGAAGAUUUAUUGAAGACUGAAUUUAUAAAGUUAAGUAAUACAGAUACAAUUCCUCAUCUUAAAACUCAUAAUAUACUAAAGAAUAACAAAAAUAACAUAGAAAUUUAUCACCACAUUCCUUCUUUAAAUUCUGAAAGUCUUACUAAAUUUAAAAGUAUUAACCAAACAGAAAUUUUAGAUAAAAAAGAGGAAAAAAUGUGUGACCCUAGAUAUAAUGAGUAUCCACCUAUGAAUGGUUUUGGAUAUAAUCAUCACAACACAAGCAAUGGAAAUGGAUUUUAUGCGAACACAUAUAAUAAAGAACCUGCAAAUUUAACAAUGCAGCAACAUAAUAUGCAUGGAAGAAACAACUUGAUGUUCGAAGAUGGCAAUGUUCCAUAUGGUCUUUACGAUCAGUCAAAUUUUUCAGGAACUAAUUCUUUGAUGUGUGGAAAUGUUCCUCCUAAUGAACCUAAAAUAAUGUAUAGGAGAAAUGGUAUGAACGAACAACCUUAUAAUAACUAUCCGAUGACUAAUGGAAUGGAAUAUAACUACCCUGUAUAUGGACAACAAUUUAAUCCUAAUAUAAGGAGAAAUACAAUGAAUGGAGGAUACAUGCAUGAAUGUCAUUAUGCUAAUAAUGCCAAUAGUGCUAUAUCUAAAUCUGCUUGCAGUAGUAUAAUUGAUAAGGAUCAUAAAAAAGAAAUGUGUAGAAAAAAUAUAUCAAAAGUAAAAAAAGGAGAUAUAGAUAUUAACAUAGAAACAUCCUCUUCAAAUCGUAAAGGUGUUACAAUUGAUUUAAAUAUAGGUGUGGGGAAUUAA